AUGGAAAAAUCUUAAAUCUCCUAUCAUCUAUGUUUGCCUUAUGACUCUCAUUUCAUAAGAAACUUGUUUCUAAGAAUUUCAAAUCCAUCUAGAAACAAACCUACAAAUCAUUUCUAUCUGAAAGAGCAUUAAUGCCCUUAUAAUGGUUGCUCAAAGAUUUUUGCAGAGAAAGGAAACUUAAUUGUACAUUAUAGAAUUCAUACUGGAGAAAAACCUUUUAACUGCUAGUAUUGCGAAAAGAAAUUUACUUCUACUGGUAAUUGUAAUGAUCAUCAAAGGAGACACUUCAAAUAAAAACAUUACUAACUUGCGAAGCAUCUCUAAAAAUAGCAUCCAUAUUAAUCUAAUAUUGAUAAUACAUUGAUAGUAAAAACAACCUUUGAACGAAACGAUUUCGAUUAAAGUCUAUAAGCAGGAGCCAAUUUCAAAGAAUUUUAAAAUGAAUCAAUAAAAUCAGACUUGUAAUAAGGUAAAACGAAUAUUUAGAACUUUGGUUCAAAAGAUAAUAAUCUAAGUUGUCCCAAAGUUUCUGUCUUAUAUAAUCAAUCUGUUUUUCCAAUUGGUGAUUAUCAAAAUGUGGUAAAAAUAUCUUAAAAAAAUGCUUAAUCUUCCAAUUUGAAUUCACCUAUCUAAUGCAGAUCUACAGAAGAACAAGAUUGUAGUCCUUCUUAAUAUUUGGUUAAUUAAUGGGAUCCCUUUUCAAGAGAUUCUUUAUCAAUUGAUUAAAGUGAUGACUUGUAUAAGUCAAUUACAUCAUUUAGUUCUUUACCCCUCUAUUAAGAUUCUAAAAUCUAUGAUUCUAGUCUAAAGACUACUAUCAUGGAUAACUAACUUGAAUCACAACGAUAAUGGAAAUGA